AUGUCUGAUUUGGUAAACGAUCCACAGAGAGAACAUUCCAAGUAUAAUGUUGCAACUCCAGCCGCUGUGAAUAUGUCAGUAGUCCACUCGUCCACAAUUAUUUUAUUUCUGGUCAUUCAACCAAGUGAAGUUAAUCAGCAUACUUCUAUCGCAACAGACAACAUAUCAAAAAUUUUUAAAAAGUUCAGAUUAAUCAUAUCUGAAUACAUAUUAAACGAAAAGGAUAACUGGAAUACAACAAUUGGUGGGCCGGGUAAAAUAGUUGAAAUUGAUGAAGCUAUGAUAAGUAAAAGAAAAUACAAUCGUGGUAAAAAGAAGCCUGAUUGUUGGAGUGGAUAUAAUAAUAUCGAUGAAGAUGGAAUAUAUAAACAUUUGACGGUUAAUCAUUCGCAUUAUUUCAAAGAUCCUGUUACAGGUGCAUAUACAAAUUCAAUUGAAGAAAAUGUUUAG